CCGGUCCGCGUCUUUUAUAUGUCCUUAGUGUCUAACGAGUCAUAAUGUGAUUUAAACCAUUCGUACCCUUCAGAAACCAUGGACUGUGUCGCUUGUCAAAGUGGUGUUUUCUUUUGCACAGCCCAUAUUAGCACAAACGGCUGUACAAACUGUGCUUAGCUAGUAAUCUGUCAGUCGUAAUUAAAAAGCGAUGUGCUGUAGUUCUACUCUCAGCUAGCAUUGCGUCAUUUGCAUUUCUUUAACACAUGCGAGACAGGCUGGAAUGGUUGCAUUUCGAUGGAGACGCUGCCAAAAACACUCGCAGCUGAUGCUACGCGGGAAACGGAAUCUUAUCCACCACCACCACCAACCUGUGGACCGGUGCCUGACAGUCUGUCUCUGCCAUCCUACAAAGACUACCCAGCUCACCGACCUUUUAUCAACACACUUGUGCAUCACAGACCUCAAACACACACUCAUCAAUCAUAUGUUCCAUCAUCACCCAUCAAAGCCUUCCCUGAGACCAACAGUACUGUGAUCUUAUCUGCCUUGAGGAACCUACAAGAAAAGAUCAGGAGGUUGGAGAUGGAAAAAGGACAUGCAGAGCGGAGUCUGCAUGCACUGGGAAAAGAUGCUUCACAAACACUUCUACAGAAUGAAGAUAUUACACCGAGACUCUUAAAUGAUCAAAAAGACCCAGAAAGACAAAGAAGUGCCCAUUCCAACUGCAACCAAGUGCUGAUCAACCACCUUGCUGCCGCAGAGUCUCGCUGUUUGAAGCUGGAGCGACAGCUGGAUCACAUGAGGAGGAUGCUGCGCAAUGCCAGAACAGAGAGGACCAACCUGCUUAAACAGCAGGACAUCCUGCAGAAAGCCAAAUCAGCUGAGUGGCAGUCUGACACAGCAUCACAGUAUGCUCAGUUUGACAAGCUGGAGAGACUUGAGCGGGAGUAUCUCAGACUGACACGUACACAGAACAUUUCCGAGAUGAAGAUCCUUGAGUUGGAGAUGAAACUACAGGAAGAGGAGUACCAAAGAAAGCUCAUCCAAGACAAGGCCAACCAACUACAGACGGGGUUGGACGCCAGUAGGAUCCUGCUGCAGUCUGUGUCACCGUGCCGAUCCGCCAAGAAGCCC